GACCGAACGUUCUACGGGUUUCUCGAAACCUCAUUUCCCUUUUCUUUGCAGAAGUUUUCAAAUUUCCUGCAGAGAGAUUUCAGCAGACUGGAAGAAUUUUGUUGGAAUGGCGAUGCAUACGAAGAUGAUGCAAUUGUUUGCCGAACAAGGUGAAGAAAGGCCAGAAAAACCACGUACUUAUGGACUCACAGAAAUCAGAGGCCCCUCCUCUGCUAUGAUUGACGGAAGCGCUCUUCAGGACAUUUUUGAGAUGUUUGGACCAUUUGUGGAUGGGUUAAAGUUUGAUGGAGGAUCAUAUAGCUCCAUGCCGAAAACAUUUAUCAAGGAAAUUACAUGCAUAGCUCACAAGCACAAUGUUAAUGUUGGUACCGGUGAUUGGGCUGAUCAUUUACUACAGAGAGGGCCUAGUGCUUUCAGGCAAUAUGUACAGGAAUGCAAAGACUUGGGUUUUGAUGUCAUAGAUUUGAAUGUUGACUCACUCAUGAUUCCUGAAGAGAACCUCUUGCGGCUGAUUAGGAUGAUAAAGAGUGAGAGGUUAAAAGUAAAGCCUAAAUUUGGGAUACAGUUUGAGGCAGCUGCUAUUCCAUCAAAGGACAGACUAUUUGGGUCCUUUGUUUAUCCUUCUAAGCAGAAAGAAAUGAUUGAAGAUGUGGAUUUAUUAAUCAGGAAGGCGGAGAGGUGCUUGGACGUUGGAGCAGAUUUAAUCAUGAUUGAUGCAGAUGGUGUAAGCACACAUUCAGAGUCAUUGCGCACUGAUGCUAUAGCAAAAAUAAUUGGGCGCCUGGGCCUUGAGAAAACUAUGUUUGAAGCAGGCAGUCCAGAAAUGCUCGAGUGGUUUGUGGGAAGAUAUGGAUCGAGGGUUAACCUCUUUGUGCAUCAUUCUCAUGUAGGAAAGUUGGAGUGCAUCAGAGAUGGAGCCAUUGGAAUAAUUCCAAGCUCUUUAUCUCAGAGCCACAAACAUGGCCCAGCUAUCUUUUUCUAGACAUUCAUGGAAAAGCAAAUUGCAGUAAAAGCAGUUCAUGGAUAUAUUGUGGUUCAGGGUAUAAGCAUUAAAUGUGUUUAUAGUGGUGGCAAAUUAUUUUCACUGUAUAAUGGACAUGCUAGAAUUCCCGUUUCAGAGUUCCUGCAGCCCAUAACUUUAAGUUACUGAAACUUGCAUGGGCGGUGCUCAGAUCACCUGUAUUGAGUGAUCACGUAAAUCUUUGCUUGGAAGCAUAUAUUGUAUGGAUUUGUGUUCUCCUUUGUUGGACUUUAUAAGUUUGGGUUUGUCUCUUGGUUUUAAGCAGUGUUUGAAAUCGAAUAAGUUUUCAUUAGAUUGAAGCAAGCUACUCUGCUAAUUAUCUUGCUAGUCAUUUAGCUCAAGAUCAUGAUUUAAUCGAAAAAAAAAAUCUUGCUUUAGCA